AGCAUGUCUGGCGCCUUGUGUGUGCUAUGAAACGCUAACAUGGGUGGCUACACCGUCCAUUUCCUCAAAAACCUUUUGUUGCUAUGUCUAAGCCUGGCCAUCCUGCCCCUGAGCACGAUCGUGAUUGCGGUCCUUUCAAUACUGGAAAUUGCUGGAUCCAGCGCCCGACGCCAUGGACGUGCCGACAACGCAAGGCAGAGAACCAUACUCGUCAAUGGCAUGGGCAUGGCUAAAGGGCUCACUAUUGCCCGUUUACUUCACAGCCAAGGACAUAGAGUCAUCGGCGCGGACUGCAAACGCCUGUCGCCGGGGCGGGUGUCGAAGGCACUGGAUGCAUUCUACGUCUUGCCCCGACCAAGCCAAGCACAUGUUACGCGGCACCCCUCGGAGAAAGACGUCCCCGAAGACCCUUACCUCAAGCGACUUGCGCAGAUAGUUCAACAGGAAGGCGUGAAUCUCUGGAUAUCCGUUUCUGAUGUGGUCGCCGCCCUGCACGACGCUCGGGCCAAAGAGUACAUCGAGCGCAACACAGAAGCCAAAGCAGUCCAACUAUGCAUCGAGGAUAUUGCAGUGCUGGAUAGCAAGACACGGUUUAUAGAGCUCUCGCGCUCCCUGGGCCUUCUCGCGCCUGACACCCAAACCGUGACUGACAAGACCACCCUUGUGGACUUCUUGUCCGCGCGAGGAGGUUUGUCGCUUCGUCCAGGCGAUGCACAAUACGUCGUCAAACCGGAGGGUGUCAAUGAUCUUGCGCGCUUCGAGAAGCCGAUCCUCCCUCUUCGAACUGCUGAAGAGACGAUCUCGCGCAUAGACUCCAUCCCUUUCGGGCCCGGUGUCGAGUUUAUCGUGCAAGAAUUCAUUCAAGGCGACGAGUACUGCACACAUGCAUUGGUGGUGCGUGGCAGCGUUCGGGCCUUUGUCGCGUGCCCAUCAUCUGACCUCUUGAUGCACUAUGUCGCCUUGCCCAGUCCUGUUAAGUCAGAGCUGAGCAGAAAGAUGCUUCAUUUCACCGAGACAAUAGUGGCGUCUGGGGGCGAUACUUGGACCGGACAUGUAAGCUUCGAUUUUCUUGUCAAGAGAGGCGGCAACGACACAAAGCAAGGUCACGAUAUCGAUAUCUAUCCUAUCGAGUGCAACCCGAGAGUGCACACGGCGGUGGUGUUGUUGGGCGGCUUGCCAGAAAUGGCUGAUGAGUACCUGGCGGUCCUUGACCACACCCGCCCUCUUCGAUUGGAGCCGCUUUAUGCCCAGAGUCAAGACAAGUAUUACUGGAUUGGCCAAGAUUUAGUCGAGCAUGUUGCGAUCCCGGCUUGGCACGCGGCACGGGGAGUGCUGAGUCUUGUCACUUUUUGGCAAGUGUUACAGGCCUUCAUCCACCGUGCAUGCACUUGGAAAGACGGAACUUUUGAAGCUUGGGACCCUUGGCCAUGGUGGUGGUUGUACCAUGUCUACUGGCCUAUGCAGUUCGUCAAGCAUAUGGCGAGGGGUCGUUGGUCAAAGAUCAAUGUCAGCACCGGCAAGAUAUUCGAAGCUGGAUAUUAAAGCAAGGGCAGAGACGGAGCGCAGGCACAGAGGGAAGCAUCAUAGGGAAUGUGUUUCUAAAUUCGUCACGAGUAGCGCAGAUCAUGCAAACGUUAACGUUUGACUACACAACACAUG